AUGGCUUCCCUUGAUGUCCGGACACCAGGCACUCUCUGUAGCCCGCAGCUGCAACUAGAGGGCAUUAUCGAGAAUCUAAAUCAGCUUUGCGUCGCUGCUACAGAAGCAACUCCAGAAUACAAUGGUCUGGACCUUCAGGUGGUGCUGAGCCAGAUCAGGGAUGCCCUAAAUGUCCAUCAUAAGGUCCUGAAUUCGCAGAAAGAUAAUAUGGGAUUGAUUGUUCGAUAUCGAGAGGUCCACGCAGCCUUCGUCAAAUAUCAGGAUGCUUCCAGGCCAAAAUCUCUGCAAAUCCGACGCAGCCAUCGGAUGAAGGCAUACGGCGAACAGCACAUAGACCCCGUCUUCGAACAGCCUGAAAUGGUUGACAACCAAUACAAAGAGCUCCAGCGGGACGUUCGCGGCCUCGCGAUCCUAGUCAUACGUGCUGCGGCUGAUCUCUUAGAGCUACACUGCCAAAUGUAUGAUAUCUCGUAG